UGAAUGUAACAGCAAUAGGGAUUCAGUCCUUUCUUAUACCAGUGUCCGGAGUAACAGCUCUUACUUAGGCAGUGAUGAAAUGGGAUCAGGUGAUGAACUUCCCAGUGAUAUGAGAAUUCCCUCAGACAAACAAGACAAGCUUCAUGGCUGCCUUGAGCAUCUUUUUAACCAGGUGGAUGCUAUCAAUGUCCUUCUCAAAGGACCAGUAAUAAGCAAAGCUUUUGAAGAAACCAAACAUUUCCCAAUAGAUCACACUUUGCAAGUGUACCAGCAACGCAAUGAUUAA